AUGCCAGUUCCUCUUGCAAGUCUGGUAGUAUGUUGUACGGGACACAUCACCUCGAGUGACAACAGCUCCGGGUUCUGUUUACUAUCGUUUUGCUUCGGCACAACAGCAGACACGCUCCUUCUGGUGUCGAGUCGACCUGCUGGUGCCUUCCCACUAUGCGAAAGAUGGCAGCUGCUGCAUGACGUUUUCCAGAUCUUCUUGACGCUGGCUUUGAUGGAGAUGUCCGCGUUUGAGAACCGUUGUUCGGUACUCAACUGUACCCCCAAGCAAGUGAUGAAAGCACUGCCCAGUUCUGCCAAGGAGAUGUGCGCGACUGUCUUCUAUACACCACAGCAGCACCGUCGCAUUUGA